AUGGCUCGCACGGACUUCAAUUUUGGCCGAGGGCCGGCCAUUCCACCCAAACCUAUGUUUUCAAGUGAUUCAACACGACUCACACACAAAAAGGACUCUCGUUUUGCAGUGAAAACAUCGGCCAGUCCAUGGGUACAAGAUACCGGACUGGUCCCAUCAGAUGUAGAUGCUGUACCCGAGUCCUCACGCUUUCCUGAUUUUGAAGAUUCCGAUUCUUCCAAAGAUCGCGGUUUGAUACGCUCAGCCAAGAUCCCCACCAUGACCCCCGAACCCUGGAGCGCAGCCCUAAAUGAAUCGUCCGAUACGAUCCACUACUCCCGCAGAGGCAAGUCAGUGAAGACAAAGGUACACAUCAAGCCUAUUCUUCGCAAGAUGUCUAAGGACGACGCGCCAUCAACGUCGAUUGACCUGUCCCGCUCAUCGACAGAGCAGGAAGGACUGGGUAUUCUCUUGAACUCGGAGCGGGAUCGUCGCCGAAGUGAGACGUUAGCUAGCCCGACAUUCCGACGAACAUCGUCUGGAAUCCAGAACCGAUCAACGAGUGGGUUAUCUGGGUCUAGCGGGGGCAAGCAAGGGUCACAAUUUGUUUACCCCAUGCGUCCCACGCCCCGUGGUUUUACCCCGCCAUUGAGUCAAUCAUAUCAAACCUCCAACAACGAUAGCGACGAAGCAGAGGAUGAUGUGGAAUCAGAAAUCAGGAAGGUUUCACCAGAACCCCCUAGGCCUGUGCGAACAGUAUCAGGGUCUACUCCACGUUUGUCGCUGCAGAUUGAAGAUGACUCUUACACUCGUCUGCCUGGUAUCUCGCAGACCAAUGUCAGCGGUCGGCCCUCCUUUGGGUACUCCCGAGAUAAUGGGAGCGCUUUGGACACUACUGCAUCCCCAAUCUCCCGCACGUCACUGGAUUAUGUUUUUCGUUCAAGGACACGAACCAGUACAGACCCCAUCUCUCGUGCAGCUACCGUUCAGGCUGCACGGCAAGCCUUUGAAGAGAAAGAAGCCGCCAAGACUCGCAGGCUCGAGAAGCAACAGAUCAAAGCUGAAGAAAAACAGAUAAAACGCCGUGUGAACCGCACCAAUUCGGAGGGCCUGGAGUCCCCGGCUGCACGUUCCAGUGAGAAGGUGUCAGAGGAACCGAGGAAUCCAGAAGUCCCUCCUGUUAUGGGGAUUCAUGAUCGACAGCAGUCGGCUUCGUGGAAGUCGCAAUCGAAGAGCACUUGGAUGCUCUUCAUCACCUGGCUUCGGACUCGGGUUUUCAAGUUUCGACGAAAGCUGAGAAAGACCAGUUGA